UCCACAAAAAACGAAAAAGAAAGAGAACUAUUAAAAUUCAUUGAUAAAAUUCAUUAUUUAUUAAUAUUACGUAUGCUAGUAAAGUCAUCCUCUUCGAUCAUUCAUCAUUUCCCCGCUUCUCCCAUUUCUCUCUCCCCGAAACCCUAGAAAUUAAUCCUCCGAAUAACAGAAUAAGAAAAGAACCCCCAAAUUUUCUCAGCCAAACCCUCCCUUUUCCCGAGAAAUUCCUUUUCAAUUUUAAAGCCCCAGUUUCAGGUUAAGGAACUUGGAAUUUUCUUGGUCGGGGUUAUGGGAAGGGUUGUACGGGAAACAUCGAAGCCAUCCUCGUUUUCGGCCUCCUCCGUCAGCGCCACCACGACGUCGACGUCGGUGACGGAGACGGUGAACGGGUCUCACCAGUUCAAAAUCACGGGGUAUUCGCUGUCUAAAGGUUUGGGGAUCGGCAAAUACAUUGCUUCCGACACGUUCAUGGUGGGUGGAUAUUUGUGGGCGAUCUAUUUUUAUCCGGACGGGAAGAGCGCCGAAGAUAAUGCCGCCUACGUUUCGUUGUUCAUUGCUUUGGCGAGCGAGGGGACCGACGUUAGGGCGCUUUUUGAGCUCACACUUUUGGAUCAGAGCGGGAAAGAGAGGCAUAAGGUGCAUAGCCAUUUUGGGAGGACGCUUGAGAGUGGGCCCUAUACGCUUAAGUAUCGCGGCAGCAUGUGGGGAUAUAAACGAUUUUUCAAAAGAACUCUACUGGAACAAUCAGACUACCUCAAAGACAACUGCCUCUCCGUUCACUGUAGUGUUGGUGUUGUUAAGUCACAUACAGAGGGUCCUAAGAUCUACUCUAUAUCUGUUCCGCCUUCAAACAUCACUCAUCAUUUUGGGAAACUACUAGAAAGUGGAAAGGGAACGGAUGUAAGCUUUGAAGUUGAUGGGGAAGCCUUUCCUGCCCACAAGCUGGUCCUUGCUGCACGUUCACCUGUGUUUAGGGCACAACUUUUUGGUCCGAUGAAGGAUCAGAAUACAAAGCAAAUAAAAGUUGAAGAUAUGGAAGCUCCAGUUUUUAAGGCCCUACUUCACUUUAUAUACUGGGAUUCCCCACCUGACAUGCAAGAGCUCACUGGACUUAACUCAAAGUGGGCCUCUACAUUGAUGUCUCAGCACCUACUUGCAGCUGCAGAUAGGUAUGGACUAGAUAGGCUGCAAUUACUAUGCGAGGCCAAUCUUUGUAAGGAUGUUGCUAUUAACACUGUGGCAACUACAUUAGCGUUGGCUGAGCAACACCAUUGUUUCCAGCUGAAAGCUGUGUGUCUCAAGUUUGCUGCGAUGCCUGAAAAUCUAAGAGCUGUAAUGCAAACUGAUGGUUUUGAGUACUUGAAGGAAAGUUGCCCGUCUGUCUUGACUGAGCUGUUGGAGUAUGUGGCUAGAGUGAAUGAGCACUCAGUGAUUACAUGCAGACAUUGGAAUGAAGCCAUCCUCGAUGGAAGUGAUGCAAAUGGUAGGCGGGUGAAGCAACGGCUAUAGUAGCAGCAGCUAACCACAGUUUCCUUAGUUUAAAAGAAAAAAAAAAA